UGUUUUUGUUUCUUCUCCUUUGUUCCAUUUUUUCUAGGUCUAGACUCUGGAAGAACAUGGCAACAGAGGAGUUGCAGAAAGGGGAAAGUGGAGGAGGAACAGGAGAAGAGAAGAUGAUGGAGAACUCGAUCUCAAUGUUAAAACUUUCACCAGAAGAGGAAAGAUUAGUUAUUAGAGAUAGUGUUUUCGCUGCUGAAUCUCAGUGCAAAGAAGGAGAUACUUUUUAUCUCAUCACUCAAAGAUGGUGGCAACACUGGCUUCAAUAUGUGAACCAAGGCAUGGCAACUACCACAAAUGACGGUGCUUUACAUAGUUCUGAGUUUUCUGAAUUGGCUUGUUCAACUGCUCAGAAAAGGCCCCCUGCCAUUGACAAUUCCGAUUUAAUAAAUGAUGCAACAUCGGAGGACUCCAGUAUUGGGAUAGAGCUUCUUGAUACGUUGGUGGAGGGGCGUGAUUAUGUAUUGCUUCCAGAAGACGUGUGGAAACAAUUGUUUAUGUGGUAUGGUGGAGGGCCAGUAUUGCCACGUAAAGUGAUAAAUUCAGGUUUGUCUCAGACCGAGCUUGGCCAGUUGACUGUAGAGGUCUAUCUUCUGCGUCUCCAGCUUAUUUAUAUGCCAAAAAGAGAACGCUCUAUCAUUAGGAUAAGCAAAAAGGAAACAAUUCGGGAACUCCACCGAAGGGCUUGUGAUGCUUUCAAUCUUGAUAUGGAGCAAAUUUCAAUUUGGGAUUACUACGGCCAUCGGAAACACGAUCUUAUGAAUAACAUGGAUAAAACUUUAGAUGAUGCCAACAUACAGAUGGGCCAGGAUAUAUUAGUGGAGCUUCUCGGAAAUGAGAGUGAUACAUUUGGUGGUUGCCUGAGUUCUCUGCAAGAAAAUGGAUCAACGUCUGCCCUUAUUGAACCUAGCAAAUCAAGCAUGUCCAUUGCUGGGGGUCUGUCAGCAAGCAGAGGUGUUUUCCGUGGUUGCAGUACAGAGUUUUCUCAGAAUCACUACGGGGCUUCCCAAGUUGGAGAAGUGGAUAAUUCUAAUGGAAUUUGUGGUGUUGUUACAAGAGGAGCAGCUGGAGGCUUGACUGGAUUACUUAAUCUUGGAAACACUUGCUUUAUGAACAGCGCAAUACAGUGCCUUGUGCAUACACCUGAGUUUGCUAGAUAUUUUCGAGAUGAUUAUCAUCCAGAUAUAAACAAAAAUAAUCCUCUGGGGAUGGUUGGUGAACUAGCUUUGGCAUUUGGUGAGCUGCUCCGGAAACUGUGGGCCCCAGGACGCACACCUAUUUCUCCUCGUCCAUUUAAAUCCAAACUUGCUCGAUUUGCACCCCAAUUCAGUGGAUAUAAUCAGCAUGAUUCACAGGAGCUUUUGGCGUUUUUGUUAGAUGGGCUUCAUGAAGAUCUAAAUCGUGUAAAGCAUAAACCUUACAUAAAGUCUAAAGAUGCAGAUGGUCGACUGGAUGAAGAAGUUGCUGAUGAGUACUGGGCAAAUCACAUUGCUCGUAAUGACUCCAUAAUAGUUGAUGUUUGCCAGGGCCAAUACAAAUCAACUUUGAUUUGCCCCAUAUGUGCCAAAGUUUCUGUGACCUUUGAUCCAUUUAUGUACCUCUCGUUGCCGCUGCAACCUACCAACCAUCGGUCGAUGACAGUUAUGGUUUUCAAUAGCGAUGGUACUGCACAUCCAGAACCAUGCACUGUGACUGUUCCAAAGCAGGGUCGGUGCAGGGAUUUGAUCCAAGCUAUCAGCAACGCUUGUUCCAUAAAAAAUGGCGAGAAGCUUCUGCUUGCAGAGAUACGUGGCCACCAGGUUCAUCGGUUUCUUGAAGAUCCUUUAAUAUUGUUAUCCACCAUUAAAGACGAUGACCAUCUUGCUGCGUACAAGAUACAGAAAUUAGUUAAGGACACUUUGUAUCUUCAACUGAUACAUCGACGUGAAGAGCGGGAGUCCAGCAGUGCCAAAAGCGCAAUGAUCUCGAAGCCUUUUGGCAUACCACUUGUCUCACCAAUCUCACGUGACCGUCGUGUCACGGGAGCUGAUAUACAAGAAAUAAUUUGCAAAAUGCUCUCUCCACUAGAAAGAGUUGGGACUCUUACUCCUUCUCGUCUUGCUAAUAAUACAAGUGUCUCAGAGUCAGGGGCAGCAUCAGACCCUUCUGAAGAUGCAACUGCAAGUGGAACAGGUACAAAAUCUGCUGCAUCAGACUCCAUGGAUGAAGAUCCAAGUGACCCUAAAAUAGCGGGCACAUUGGAACUGCCUCUGCAAUUGGUGACGGAAAAGAAUGAAAUGAUUGAUCUCUCCAAGGAGAAGGAGAAAACUAUCAGUCUAUCUUCAUCGUCUGCAUCAAUUUGUGUGUUUCUUGAUUGGUCAGAUAAGCUUUUGGAGAAGUAUGAGACACAGUAUCUUGCAAAUUCACCUGAAGUGUUUAAGUAUGUACCAGCUACUAAGAAAGCUCGUACUGAACCACUUUCCUUAUAUACCUGCUUAGAAGCUUUCUUGCGGGAAGAGCCACUUGUGCCUGAAGACAUGUGGUAUUGCCCACAAUGUAAAGAGAGGCGUCAAGCGAGUAAAAAGCUCGAUCUAUGGAGACUUCCUGAAGUGCUUGUCAUUCACUUGAAGAGGUUCUCUUAUAGCAGGUCAAUGAAGCAUAAGUUGGAAACGUUUGUCAACUUUCCAAUUCAUGACUUUGACUUAACAAACUAUGUUGCCCAUAAGAGUAGUUCUAAGCGUCAACUCUAUGAGCUAUAUGCAUUGAGCAAUCACUAUGGCGGAAUGGGAAGUGGGCACUACACAGCACAUAUCAAGAUGCAGCUUCUGGAUGAAAAUCGGUGGUAUAGCUUCGAUGACAGCCAUAUUUCCCCGAUUAAUGAGGAAGAUGUGAAGUCAGCUGCUGCUUACGUGCUUUUCUACCACAGAGUGAAGGGUGAAGAUGUCACUGUAAGCAACGGAGAGCAUUCUUAUGUAGGACACAACAAUAUUUUGACUCAGAAGUAGAUUAGUAUUCUAGGCAGUUGUAGGGAAAUAUAAGAGGGUGAAACCAUUGUUGCUGUAUAUAAAUUAUCCCAGAUAAGAGGUUGCCCAUGCGGAAUCCAUAAGAAACAGAGGUUUGUCCUAGCAGAAGAAUUUCAUCUCUAUUGUAUUUUGAUACGCCGUGAGAUUUAUUAUUAUUUUCCUUCUUUUGGAAAGUGCGAAGCGUGCAAGUAAAUGAAUUCUGCAGUACAGGACUUGUAGCAUUCAAAUAUUUAUUGAGCAUCAGAUAACAUUUUAUUUAUUUUUUCUUGAAAAUGAUUACAUCA